AUGGAAGGGGGAGGGGAGAGGAAGAGGAGCGGAAUGGAGGGACGAGGGUUGAGAGUUGGAGGGGGAAAGAGACGAGGCGAGGACGAGGCGGAGAUUCGACGUGGUGAGGAGGAGCGCAGGCGAGCAGACCACGACCACGGCCACGAUCACGACAAUGACCACGACACAGCCGCCGAGUGGGACAGGGCGAUGAGAGUGAAGGCGAUCGGGUCCUACGGUGGUGGGGCUGUUUCAGAAGGCGCCUCAGCUGAAACACGGCGAUCGGGAGCGUCGCUGGGCGCAAAGUCGAUGGAAUGGCACGACUCCCUCAACUUCUACAAGCCGGCAGCGUGUGCGGCUAUUCAAGAUGGAGAGUAUAUCAUGACUACACCAGGACGAUCACCCGCACUAGGAAAGAAUCCUUCAGACCCUUCUGGCAUUGACUACCCUCCUUCAUUUCUCUCUCUCUCUCCCUCUCUCUCUUCCGAGAUCAAGACAGUCCUCAUCCUUCAACGGUCCCUCCCGUCCCUGUCGUCUCGUUCCCGAUUCGUGGUUGCCUGCCCCGAAUGGCUUCUGCCGAGACUCCACUGCAACCCGUCACCAACCAUCGGCCAGUGGGGACGCCUAACGACAUCAUGGUCAACGGUGCCAAUGUUGGCAACAAAUCAAUGUCUGCCAAUCCAUUCUGGAGAGAUUGCUGCUUCCUAUCGUCAAUUCCUCGGGGCUCUCAAGAGCACCGAUGCGAAUAGUCCUAAUAACCAGGACCCAGCCAGUCCAAUGCGCCCGGCUCUUUGUGAUCCUGAGCCGGUCACCUCCCGUAGUGGAUGUGAUAAAUUUGCCUGGUCGCUUCGGAUUUGGAACUAUGCAUCGAUAUCACAAUCCCCGCUUUGA